CAAGUUGGUAUAAUAAAUCUUUGGUCAUAUGGAUUCGGUAGUGAAAUUGUCCACUAAACAACUAGACCUCUUUGUGGAGUCAGGAAAGCCUGCUUCCACAAGUUUGACAGUAGAAAAUAUUUCAAAAAGUUAUGUAUGCUUCAAAGUAAAAACUACACAGCCACAGCGCUACUCGGUACGCCCUAGUGUCGGAAUUAUCAAACCAGGUGAAAGGAAAGAUGUUCUAAUAACGCUCGAACCUUUGAAGGAUAUACCAGAAGACCUCAAGGCUAGUAAGGACAGAUUUUUACUACAAGUGAUAAAGAUAUCUUCAGAAGCAGCGAAAACAGAUGUUCACGAGCUAUGGAAAAAGGUGAAGGAGGAAUCAGUCUUGCAGCAGAAAUUUCGAGUCCAAUUUGUAUUAGGAGGACACAGUAUGGAUCUCGGCUCCAGCUCAAAUGCUUACUCAUCACAAGCGUCUCUUCAGCCCACAGAAAGAUACACUGAAGGAGUUUCAAAGGGAUCGGAGGCAUAUACAAGUAUUUACUCGGACAGGUUUGCUUCCGACCCUCUCGUUGGAAACGGAGCAGUAAAACAAGACAAGACCAAAGAAGAUAGCAAACUUCCCAUUGACUUAAACGACUCGUCGCGCUUCACGUUGGAAAGAAUAAAUCUAUCAACUGCUUCAUCUCCAAGAUUAUUAGAAAAGAAUCAUUCUCUUAUCUCACUGGAAGAACGAUAUCAAUUGGCUCUAGAAAGAAUUCAUGUAUUGAAUACAGAGCUUGCACUCCGGGAUUUAGAACUUGAAAAACUAAGAGAUAGUAAAUAUGGAAGGGAAGAAUACAGAAACUCAGCAUCUUCAUCAUCAUACGAAGAGAAUGAUUCAGGUUUGUAUUCCAAAAUGUUUGGACUUUAUCAUUUUCACUUUUAUCUAUCAGAAGUCCUCACUGCAAGAGAUGGACAUUUUCAAGAAACUGGGGAGCCGCAUAACCGUGUGAAGAGUUCACGAAAGAACACAAAUAAUGGUCUUGUUGGAAACAUAGGUUUCUCUGUGAUUCAAGUUUUUUUAAUUGUACUCAUCAGCUUCUUUUUUGGAAAGUACUUAUCGUAAGAAGUAGUUUCGCCAUUUUCGUGUUACUCAGAUACAACAAAUGUGACUGUUAACUGUUUUACGAAGAAUUCAAACUGAAAGUUCUUUUGUGAUUGUUUUUGAGACAUACUCUCACGUAAGUAACUUUAGCACUGACAUUGAAUAAAUAUUUUAUUCAGUAAAGUUUAAAACGUUUCU